AUGUCCAGAAGGUCGGUGAACCCGAGCCGGCGGGUGUCGGACGGGGCCUUGCCGUCCGUCGGCGGCCUGUUCCACCCCAAGUCACGCUCGCCUCCCGUGCUCACCAUUGCCCUCGUCGUCCUGGGUGUCAUUCUUCUCAUCGCCUACUUCAACAGCGGCUCAGGUGUAACUGUUACAAGCAGAGAGGCUGUGACCAGGUCUGAAGGUUCUUGCACAUCAGAAGUUAUGCGGGCGCUCCCAUAUCUUAAAAAGGCAUAUGGCAAUGCCAUGCAAAAGGUUCUCCAUGUAGGCCCUGAUAGUUGUACAGUAGUUUCUAAUUUGUUGAAAGAAGGAAAGGUUGAAGCUUGGGGAGUGGAGCCUUAUGAUUUGGAGGAUACUGACAGUACUUGCAAAAGCCUCGUGCGCAAGGGCUUUGUCCGUAUGUCUGAUAUUAAGUCCCCCCUUCCAUACCGUCCAGAUUCUUUUAAUCUUGUUGUUGUGUCAGAUGCUUUAGAUUAUCUGACCCCAAGGUAUCUGAACAAAACGCUUCCGGAUUUAGCAAGGGUUUCCACAGAUGGCCUUGUUAUUUUUGCUGGCAAUCCAGGUCAGCAAAAAGCUAAGGUCUCAGAACUACCAAAAUUUGGAAGACCGUUGUUUGGUGGGCGACUGAGCGGAAUCAUGGAGGGCCUGCUGCCGUUCCUGUACCGGGCCAUCCUCCACCUCGCCAACGGCGGGCAGACGCCCAUCGGCAACCCCUUCCGCAACGAGUCGCCGCCGGAGUCGCCAGCGCCCUACUACGUCCGCCUCGCCGCCGGCGCCGGCGCCGACGUGCCGGGCUUCCUCUCCUCCGCGGCGCGCGGCCACUACGAUCGCGGGUGA